AUGACUGAAAACAAACACAAAAUAGUUAUGGUUGGUGAUUUUUCUACAGGUAAAACUUGUAUGUUAAUUAGACUUUCACAAAAUUUCUUUGAUACUCAACAUAAUCCAACUAUUGGAGCAUCAUUUUUAAAACAAGUAAUUGAACUUGAGAAUGGAAAUAAAGUUGAAAUGAACUUAUGGGAUACAAGUGGAGAUGAAAGAUUUAGAAGUGUUAUGCCUGUUUAUUUUAGAGGAGCAGAUUGUGCUAUUAUUGUUUAUGAUGUAACUCGUCGUGAAACAUUUGAAAGUUUAGAUUAUUGGAUUGAUUUAACACGUAAAAGUGGAGGAGAUGAUAUUGCUAUUGUUCUUGUUGGUGCAAAAUGUGAUUUAAAAAAAGAAGUUAGUGAUGAAGAUGCUCAAAACUAUAGUAAACGUGUUGGGUAUCCACUUAUUUUAUGUUCUUCUUAUAGUGGUGAAAAUAUUACAAAAGCAUUCCAAACUGCUGCUUCAUCUAUAAAAAAGUCUACUCUAUCAAUUUCAAAUAACUCAAACGUUAGUAUUAAUACUUCAUCAUCAAAUAAAAAUGAAGGAGGAUGUUGUUAA